CGGUGCCUGGGGCCGUUCCCGAUGGAUCAAUUUUGGCAGCUCAUCGAGCGUUGACAGGCUCGUCGCAGCUUAAGCUUCCCCGCAUGAGGUUGGACAUUCCACUUCGAUCCAUAGUCUCUCCCGGUCACUGCGGGCCACGAUUGCCCCUCUCGCGAUUUAACCCGCCAGCAACCUCAUGUCGCAACGAGUCCUCUGAAAAAUACCCCGUUUACACCUCUCCGAUUAUCACCAUGGAGGAAAAGAAAAUCACUCAAGAUGGCCCCGAGGAUGACGUCCAGUUGGCCGAGAUGGGCCACAAGCAGGAGUUGCAACGGAACUUUUCCACCUUAUCCAUGCUCGGGCUGGCUUUUGCGGUGCUUAACUCUUGGACAGCCCUGUCCGCGAGUUUAUCGCUCAGCUUGCCUUCCGGAGGAAGCACUAGUGUUGUCUGGGGGUUGGUGACGGCGGGGUUCUGCAACAUGUGCAUUGCUGUCUCGCUAGCAGAGUUCCUGUCAGCUUAUCCAACAGCGGGAGGUCAAUAUCAUUGGGUAGCCGGUAUGUUCCCGAUAUCCUGGCCAAAAUGGGUUCCCGUCUUGUCUUGGGUGACCGGAUGGAUUAAUGUGGCGGGAUGGGUUGCUUUGGUGGCCACCAAUGCCCUCCUUUCCUGCGAAUUGAUUGCAGGGAUCGUGUCAGCUGUGUAUCCCGACUUUGCUUGGCAACGCUGGCAAGAGUUUCUCAUCUACGUGGGAUAUACUCUGCUUGCAUUUGUCGUCAAUGCAUUUAUGAACUCGGUUUUGCCGAUCAUCUACCGCGGAGCGUUUACCUGGUCCAUCGGGGGUUUUGUGCUUAUCUGCAUCACGGUGUUGGCUUGUGCCGCCCCGGAUUUCAACUCCGCCUACUUUGUGUUUUGUGAUUUUGUCAACCAAACCGGCUGGCCUGAUGGAGUGGCUUGGAUGCUGGGGCUUCUUCAAGGAGGACUCGGAGUUACUGCAUUUGACGCGGUGGCCCAUAUGAUCGAAGAAAUCCCGCAACCCUCGAUCAAAGGACCCAAGAUCAUGGUGGUGUGUGUCGGCAUCGGCACCUUCACGGGCGCCAUCUUCCUGAUUGUCCUUUUGUUCGUCGCGGGCAACAUGGACGAUGUGGUCAGCUCGAGUGCCGGGCCCCUGCUGGAAAUCCUCAUCCACGCGACGAAUAACCGGGCGGGAGGAAUCUGUCUGCUCAUGUUGCCGCUCGUGUGUUUGUUGUUUGCGACACUCAGCGUCAUGACAACGAGUAGCCGGAUGAUCUUUGCAUUUGCCAGAGAUGGAGGUCUCCCCGCAUCCAAGUUUUUCGCGCGCGUGCAUCCCAGGCUGGGACUGCCCCUCAACGCGCUGAUGUUGACGUCCGUUGUGGUGAUCAUUUUUGGAUGCAUCUAUCUGGGAUCCAGCAGUGCCUUCAAUGCGAUCGUCUCGGCCUCGGUGGUCGCACUGGAUCUGUCCUAUGCCAUGCCGAUCGCCGUGAAUUGCCUGCGGGGACGAAGGACUCUGCCCGAUCGGAAAUGGAAGAUUCCUAAUGCCAUUGGAUGGGUGAUCGAUAUCAUUUCGCUCUCGUAUAUCGCUCUCACCACUGUUUUGUUUCUGUUCCCACCCGACCGACCCGUUACGGGUAACAACAUGAACUACUGCAUUGUCGCCUUUGCGAUCAUUGUCAUCAUCUCCGCGGUGCAGUGGGUGGUGGAUGGACGAAAGAACUUUACCGGCCCUCGAGUGGAUCUGUCAUGAGGCAUCAGGACCGAGGUGAGGAAUUGAGUAGCGGUGUACGUGAUGUGUAUAUAAUGACGAGGACUGAAUGCACCAGCAGUCCAUAUAUAUAUUCCUGGGAACACUUCGAGGAUCCAUAAUCCUUACAUCUGCAAUGAAACAGAUUGCGAUC